AUGGCUGAACCAGAACAAAGCCAUAAUAAUACGGCAAAUACCAACUUAAACACACAAUACAAUGUUAGAAACAUAGCUAGCCAAAUAGAAGGUGCCGAAUACAAGGUUUAUGAACAUCCUGAAAGUAGAAACGUGAUUGAAUCAAGUUCUUAUAAAAUGGGUACACCUUAUUAUAAUCAUGGAGAAAUAAACACUCAUUCUAUAAAUUUAUAUAAUAAAGAAAAUUACAUAAAUGGAAAUAGUAAAUUAAUUUUAGAGCCUAAUAACUCUUUUAAUGUAUCAUCAUUACAGCCCCAAGGUGUAGAACAUUAUGAUUAUGUAAAUGGGCCAAUAAAUUAUAUAGGCAAUUAUGGUAAUCCAGUAGAAAUUAAUAAUAAAUAUAUCGUAAGUAAUGAUAAUAUGAAAUAUGAUAUAAAUAACGAAACCGAAAAUACACGAAUUUAUCCAAAUAUAAUACCACAAUUAAAUAGUUCGAGUAUGCUUAAUUUAAAUCAUAGCAUUCCCAAUGCUGAUAUAAAUAAAUAUAACGAUUCCAACAAUACUAAUGAUAUAAAUGGAUAUUUAAAUAACAGUGCUAGCAAUUCAAAUUAUGAUUAUAUAAUGAAGAGUUACGAUGGAGGUCUAUAUAAUAAUAUAAAUAAUAUUAUUCCAUUAAAUAGUAUGAAAAAUUUAACCAAUAUAAAUGAAUUAUAUGGGGUUAAUCAAUUAGACGGAAUAGAUGAUCCAAAUAUUAUGCACAAUAUAAAAAACAUGCCAUUUAAUUUACAAGAUAGUAUUAACAGUUAUAAUAAUGAAAAAUAUAUCCCAUUGCCUAUAGAUAAUUUUCCAUACGUAUUUAAUAAAACGCCAAUGGAAAUUGCCGAAGACGAUAAACAUUAUUCAAAACUUAGAGGAAUUCACAAUAUUAACGAUGUUGAUGAUAUUAACAACAUGAAUAAUAAAAAAACAAAAUGUAUACACAAUCAUAGUAAUAAUAUUGAUCAACUUCAAGCUAUUGUAUGUCUACAAAAAUUAGAAGAAAUUCCAGUUCCCUUUUUAAAUAUAAAUGAUAUAAAAUAUUCAAUUAAUGUUUAUUUCAAUUCAUAUGAUGAUAUAUUACAAAAAUACCAAUCAAAGUUUUAUAAUUGUAAAUUAAAUGAAUCGGAUAAUUAUGCUGAUUGUGAUUUUCAAAAUGAAAUAAUAAGUUUGCCAUUUAAUAAUGAAGAAUUUAUUUAUUUAAAAGUUAUAGAAACAUCUGCAUAUAAAACAGAAAUAACGGGAAGAUUACAAUUAAAAGUCAAAUCAUUAUCACAAGAAUAUCCGUUAAGAAUACCAGUUAUAGGUGAUGAUGGAAAUUCUAAAGGAUUUUUAAUUAUGAAUUUUUUUGUUACAUCUUCUUAUCAUUAUAUAAAAAAUGAUAUGCUCAUUGAUAGGGAGUCAUUACCCAAUAAAACCAAAUCAACCAGAAUACGACGAAAAAAUGGUGGGUUUCAUUUUUUCGAAAAUUUUACUAAAUGGUGUUGUGAAAUAACAGACCAUCACAUGAAUUAG